AGGCAUCACUUCCAUAUCCACCUUACCAGCCUUCGCACGAGAGUCAGCAGCUUCACAGGAUCUAGUGUCUUGUUCGUCGUCAAUAAUCAGGACGCUUCGACUGGUGGAUUUGCUAAGGCACAUAUACGCCGGAAUUUUUUUUGUGGUGCAGAUCUUGAGGAAGCUUUAGCCGUUGGCCCGACAUUGUGUUUCAUACACUAUAUAAACUUCAGCGAAUCAACCCGUUCACCUGCUCAGCAAGCAUACUUCUACCACACCGACGUAGCGCAUGUCAGUGCCCACUAGGCUGGCGAUCACAUGCAACGCUCACAUUCAGCGGUGGAUUUCUCCAACCUGCUGAACCCGGAAGCCAACACCACCGCAAGCCCGACCAGGGACGCCGAAGGAGACGUAAACAUGGCCUCCGUGAGCAUCAUUAGGCCUAAUGGACCUUUGCCCGGCGGCCAGCCUACGGAGACACCAAACGAGCUUCCACGGCCAUACAAGUGUCCGUUAUGUGAUAAAGCCUUUCACCGCUUGGAACAUCAGACGAGACAUAUCAGGACUCACACAGGCGAGAAGCCGCAUGCCUGCGCUUUCCCCGGUUGCACCAAGAAAUUUUCUCGGUCAGACGAACUUACCCGGCACUCGAGGAUACACAACAACCCGAACUCGAGGAGAGGUAACAAAGCUGGGCAGGCCACGCAUCAUGCACUCAGCCAUGCGCUGUCCCCCGAAUCCAUGAUGCCGCCCCCUGCCUCGGGCCCGCGAAGCAUUAAGUCGGCCCCGACGUCUACGCUUGUGUCGCCAAACGUGUCGCCGCCACAUUCUUAUUCUGCAUUUGCUGUGCCGCAACAUGGCCCUAUACAUCAUUACCCUAGAGCCAUCAGCGGCAAUAGCCCGCUGUCCAUGGCUAAUGGCGAUCUAGGUAUCCUGGCAAAUGUUGCGCAUCAACUAGAGCAUGAAGGACUAUCCCCAAACAAUCCGAGGCAGCAAUAUUAUUCGCAUUCACACCACAACUCUCGCAACCAUCUCCCCUCCCUCUCUGCCUAUCAUAUGUCUCGCUCACAUUCGGGUGAUGACAACCGAGAUGACCAUUAUUCGCAGACCGCUCGCCUUGCUAAGCGGUCGCGACCAAAUUCACCUAAUUCCACAGCACCGUCUUCCCCGACUUUUUCCCAUGACUCCCUAUCGCCGACUCCAGAUCAUACACCUUUAGCAACACCUGCCCAUUCACCACGACUUCGGCCAUACGCUGGUAUCGAGUUACCUACUCUACGCAAUCUGACAUUGGGUCACACUCCAGCCCUCGCACCUAUGGAGCCUCACUUAGAAGGCUCAGGGUUUCAGACGACGCCUCAACCACCUACUAGCUCGCGAUCAUCAGGCUUGUCGUUAACUGAUAUCAUCAGUCGGCCUGAUCGAAGUAGAAAACUGCCAGUACCUCAAGUCCCUAAGGUAGCAGUCCACGACCUCCUGUCCAGUGAUGCUUUCAACCCUAGUGGGCGGAGUUCCGCGAGUGGCAGUAUCGCUGGUGGUGACUAAGUCAGAUUGCAAAUGCAUCUCUGGUACACGAAAGUGAUGAAAGUUAAGAUCACGAUAUGAAUAAUGACUUUUCUUGGUCGGAAGUAUAGAGGCUAUAUAGAAAGAGAGGACGGCGUUUUCAUCUGUGGCAUUUCAGCAAUUCAAUUUCUCCCCACUCAUAAUUACAACAACCGAACAUGGCUGUCAAUCGAGGAUACGGAUGGGAUUUGGCCAACUCAAACGAUUGGAUCUGGUA